AUGUGUUUAUUGGAGGAGAAACAUAAGCAGCUGAAAGAGAAGACUGAGGAACGUUUAGCAGAAAUCGAUCUCGCCUUAGUCGCAGUUGAGAAGCGACGGCAGGAAGACAGCCGUUGGGUGAACCCAAAAGUUUCGAAGAUAAUCAUUAGAGCUUGUCAGCGUAGCCUCAAGGCGUUACGCCUAGAGCUGAUGGAAGCACAACAACAUUACAGACGUAUGCGUAUUGAAGUUUGCGAUGAUGAUUGA